GCCCCUGUUUGUGCUGGGCGCUCUCCGCUUCAGUCAUGGCUUUUGCUCGCCUCCUUCUUGUCUUGCUGCUUGGCUGCACACUGCUCCACCUCGGAUUUGGCCGUCCGUCCCGCUCCAGAAAAGCAGUCCCAUCUCGGCAGAGAGACGCAGUGACAGAAGACGACGACGUGAGGGCACAAAUUGACAAACUAUGGCAGGAGGUGAACUCCUUGAAAGAGAUGCAAGCAUUGCAAACAGUUUGUCUUCGUGGCAUCAAAGUCCACAAGAAAUGCUACCUGGCUGUGGAAGAGCCCAAGCACUAUCAUGAGGCCAACGAGGACUGCAUCGCCCAGGGUGGGACCUUGGCCACGCCACGAAACCUGAAGGAGAACAACGAUAUAAGAGAAUAUGCCAAAUACACCUCCCCAGAAUCCAAAGAAUUCUGGAUAGGUGUGACCGACAUAGUGAAAGAAGGCCAAUACGUCGAUGUCAACAGCAUGCCCAUCACUUACUUCAACUGGGAUCGUGCCAAGAAGGAACCAACAGGAGGCAAACGAGAAAGCUGCGUUGUUCUCUCUCUCUCAGCGCAGGGCAAAUGGCAUGAUGAGGUCUGCCGCACACAAAACAAAUACAUCUGUGAAUAUCUCAUUCCUUAGUAUGCAUUAAGUAUGCACUACAUAUGAUUGUUGGUAACCUGAACGCUGACAAUGGUUGUUAAUGGUGACUAAAGUUGCUAUGCCAGUCCUGAUAUAAGAUAAACGAGCAUGAAUGAAAAUAUUUUUUCAAUAUUUCUGCAUAACCUGUUUGUAGAAAGUCAUUCAGAGUGGUUUAAUGUGAAAUUGUGCAGAGUGAAACCUACCUUUGGAUUUCUUUCCAGUGGUGGAGAUGUCCACAAUGCAAAUAUAGCAAUUUCAGCUAUUCCUGGUAACCAGUGGGCCUAUACACUGAUCAGGCAUAACAUUAUGA